UUUUAGUUUCAGGUCGGUCUCCUAAUCCGUGUGUGACUUUUUACGUUUAUUUUUUUAAUUUCUGAGCGAAAUUAUAAAAUGUAUACUGUCUCAAAAGGACCUAACAAGAUAUUUGCUAAAACUCGCAGAGGCCUAUCACAGAACUUAGAAAGACUAGAUAGUCGUAAGGAUCAUAGCCGAAAGUCCUCAGAAUCAGAUAAUGGAGAAAUUAUCAAUAUGCCCAAACCAGUGUUUCAUUCCAAUGGAAAAAAGACAAUCCAUCAGAGGAUACAGCACCAUGUGAUAACACCGCAGCAUGAAGAAAUCAUUAGAUAUAUAAGUGAAACUUGGACACAAACAGCAUAUGGCGACAGUGAACCAACAACACCUACAAGUACAAUUGGUCCGGGCAGCUCGUCGCCCGCGCCGGGGCUGUACUACCGGGAGGCGCCGAGCGCGGCGCUGCGCGACUUCACGCCCUUCGACCUCGAGACGUGGUGGGGCAAGCGGCUCUUCCAGAACAUCACCAACUCCCUCUGAGCCCCGGCGUCCAGCCGCAAUGGUACAUAGCCAGCGGUAGCGUAAGUCACAAUCAUCUGCAGUUUACUAAGUUUUCUACAAAUUUUAUAUGCUAUUUGUAUUUAUGAAUCGUUAAAAAUGUAAUAGAAUGAGUGAGACCAGGGUCUCAAAAAUAUGAUAAGUGUAACAUUUUCAAAGUGUAAAUACAUUAAAACUUAUUUGGGUGUAUUAAACCGGUCUAGUAAAAUAUUCUUAAUUUCUUUUAAUGCAAUACAUAUGCCAUAAACAUAUGUUAAUAUGUUUAUGGCAUAUGUAUUGCAGUUGGCAGUUGAAAACUUUUACUUGGUGUUACAGUUUAUUUCUGCAAUAAUUGAGACAGAAAUGAAAAUUUGUAUUCAAAACACUGUAUUCGGAUACCACGUCCAAGUCCCUGGUGAGAAAUCAUUCGUAUUUAUAAGUGUAUAAAAUGAUAAAAUAAUGAUGACAGAGAAACAACCUUUUCCAAAAUAAUAUCGCGCCUUUUCUGUAGUAAAAUGUUGCAACAUUUGUUCAGAUAUCUACGAUUUAACGAGAUGUAAUGAACAUUCCCAAUUUUCUAAUUUAAAAAGAAAUUGGAAGCUCUUAAAAUUUUGGUCAUAUUUUCUCGACCAUGCCAAUUAAUUAGUUUAUAUUGUCGUAAUUAUCGUCGUAUCGUAUAUUUUAUUCGAGAAAUAAAAAAAAUACAUAAAAUAGGUUUAUGAGUUGUAAUAAUUGAAAGUUCACAUUAGUUGUGACCUAUUUCAGAUUGUAAUCGAUUGGUUUCUAAGUUCCUCCAAUAUUAUUUUAUUAACUUAUAUUGUUGAUAUAUCAUAAUAUAAUGAAAUAGGUAAUUUAAAAUUUGUUACCCUAUAUACAAAGUCCAUACAAGGAACAGACACAACACUAAGACAGCUCGACUGUUAUCAUAUUUUUAUGUCAAUUUUAUCUCAAACACCGUUCAAUUAUGCUGAUAGACUCAAAACAUUUUACACUACAUAUAGUUAUAGUUACAUUUUAAGAAACAUUGCAACAACAAAAAUUAUGUCUACACAAGUUUUUUUAUUAGCAAUUUGUUAAUUAUGUUGCCUGAAUACAUAAGUUCCUUAUUGAUCGUUAAAUGUUUAGAUAUUUUAUACUUAGAUUACAGUUAUUGAAUUUUAAUCAUGUCUAAUACGAUUUUUCAUAAUUAUAUAUUUCAAAAAUACAUUAUUUUCUGUAAUAUAUAUAUAGGUAUAUUAUAAUAUUACACGGUCAGUGGUACAGCCAAGCUGGUGUUCACUUAUCAUAUAUAUGGCAUAUUAUUAUUAUUUUGAAGCAGCGAUAUUAUCUUAGUUGUAUAAAUAUUAGUAACCUACAGUUGAUUGUGGAUCUCAGUAGUUACGUCAUAUCAUAAGUAAAAAUUUCCAUAAGCUCAAUUCUUUUUGCGAUUAUAAUUUGUUAGAACCAAUAUUCUCUAAGAUGGUUUUGUUGAAUGAAUGUUAUUAUUUGUUUUUUGUUGUUAUAGUUUCAAAUAUUUCGAAAGUAUAAUUUAAACCAAAGAAUGCAAUUUAAAAAUACAUAAAUUGUGCACAAUAUAUAUCCAAAUUUAGCCAAUAUUGCCAAAUUUUUGAUAUUGUAGGUACUAUACUUAUGAUAAAAUGUCUUAAAACCGGCCAGGUGCGAAUUGGAUUCGCGCACGGAGAGUUCCAUAAAAUUAGUAUUUCUCGUUAUGCUCUGUUUAUGGUUUGCAGAUUUUUUCCUUUAUCUAUAUUAAAAACCUUUAUUUUUACCACAUUUCUUGAUUCUAGGUCAACAUAGAAGUUUUGAUUUCCUUGUGAAAGAAAUCGCAAAAGUUGCGACGUAAAAGGUCGUAUCAUUCGAUCGGGUUUGACUUACAAGUUAUAUAAAUUUCAACUAAUUCCUCUACGCGUUAUUGAGGAAAAGGGUCUUGACAUACAGAUAGAAAAAAGUUAUCCUAUAAGGAAAGACCUAAUGAUAUUUGUUGUCGGCUUUUCAUAAAAUUGGUGUUCCAUACUUGCUGUUGUGACGUCACUUUAAUAAUGAUUAAAACAUCAAUCUUAAUUAUACAGCUUAGCAAAAUAAAUUGUACACGUUAUUGUAGUUGGAGAUGAAAAUACAUACAUUAUGUAUAUAUUUUUUCUUCAGUAAGUAUAUUUUUUUAUAAUGCUGAACGAGCAAAGUUAAGCAUAAACAAUUUUAUAUUCUACGCACAUUUUUACAUAUGGCAUUAUUACUUUUUUCCUUCCCUCCUCUUAAUUUUUUUAUUAUGAAUAUUUCCCUGAUUAAUAUGCAUGUCUUACUGUAAUAAUAAAAUGUUAUCACGAAAAAAGGAAAACGGUGUAACACAGAGUGCCUCAGCAAUAGUCAAAUUUAUUGUAAGUGGUUUUUUAUAUUUAAUUAAAUGUCCUGAAGAUCUGGCUUUGUGAUAGGUCAUAAAUCAUAUACUUAAAAAUAUAUUUAGUGAUAGUAAUAGCCUGAAUUUUAUCAAUCAUCACAGCGAAUACUGUCGCCUUUAUUAUAUACAUAAUGAUAUAUAGUUUUCCAUUUAAUUUUCCUAUUUUAAAUCAGUAUUGUGAAGUUAGAAAUAUUAAUUUAAAUUGAGUAGUUAUAGCACCCCCAGGAGCGAUAGGUAUACUUCUUUUUCAUUUCAAUACGAAGUCCUUUAUCUCAUGUCAUCGUGUAAAAAAAUUGAGCAAUUUAUCUAGGACUGAUCGUAUCAAGAAUAGGGAAAUAGGUAUGCCAACGAUAAGAUCAAAUAAAAUAUCAAUGUAAAACUUGUAUUUUCCGUAGUUAUCGGACUAAUGCGAUAUAAUUUGUGGAAAUUAAUUGUCAGUUGGCAACACCGAUUGGUCAUGUUUAUCAGCCAGUCGCGUUAAAUAACUUUUAAAUAUAUGACCAAUCACAAUCAAUUAUGUUAUUAAAACUAAAUUGUUCUAAAUUAUUGAAAAAUCGUAUUCCAUUCUCACCGAUUGUUAGUAUUGUGGUCUCCGUUCUACAGUUGGGAAUAUAUUGAACGGCGUAUUUAAUUGGGUUGUAUCUGCUUCGGAAGUCAUCUACCGAAAGAGAUGGGUAGAUAGCGGUUACUUUUGCUGUUUACUCAUAACCAAUUUACAAGCCUGUUAAGUUAUAAAAUAAAAGUUGCUGUUACAUGUUAUAGCUUCUAAAUAAUGUCUUCCAGAAUGCAUCAUUGUAAUUAUGAUCUUUAGAAUAUUGGUUUUUGUUUUUACAAUCAACCAACGCUAUAUUUUAUCGCCACUUUGGGGCUACUGUAAGUGAUAUAUUAACAACAUUGAUAUAAAAAUAGUAAGAAAAGAUUUAGAUUUUUUACAUUUUUAAAAUCUUUUGUUGAAAUAAAUAUAACAUCUUAACAAAAUACUAAACAUUACGUUUGUUGAAAUAUAAAAAAGUGUUCUAUAAAUGUUUCCAAAUCAUUUACAGUAGAUCCUAUUUAAAUAGUUCAGUACUAAUUCAGAAUAAUUUGUCAUUUUGUACAGUCAACAGCUCAUCAAGUUACCCUGCAUGAAUCUAUGGCGCGGUAAUAGCGACGAGUUUGCAAUGAAUAGGGUAGGUUGAUGUGGUGUUGACUAUACAUAGCUAAAGCUAAACAAAACACAUUUUAGCUGUUAUUAGAUUUGCAAAUAUAUUGAAAUAAUGAGCAAGUGUACAAUACAAACCAAAAUGUUUUGCAAGCAAUAACUGCACGAAUAUAGUAUAGUUUUUAUCCUUUUAGAUGAAAUAUUCGAGUCAUAGUAGUUAAAAUCGCAGGAGAAUAUUUUUAGACUGAUUUAGUUGUAAAAGUUAUGCUUUUUGUUGUAGUUGAAUAAACCGUCUGACAACGUU